AUGGAAGUUAAUAGCGCUUUCAGAGUGUUUUGGAAAUCAAGGCAAUUGUACACAAGAAAACUGACAUAUGAUUCAGAUGAGGGAGUCCCACUUACAUGGAGAAGAAAGCAUUUUAAAAGGAAAAAGACGAGCCAUCACAAAGUGCAGGUCUACAAUGAGAUGAUCACAUUUCCCUGUUCCAUAUGCAAGCAUGAAAUUGACCUACCUGGAAUAUUCCUCCAUAAAAAGCAGCAUGUAGCUCUGGCUACACUGGGCUUUCAGUGGAUGGAUGGGAAGAAACCAGGGCUCUCAGCGAUUGUUGAUGAGAGGCAGUCCAUCAUUGCUAAACUAUUGUCAUCUUCUGCAUUUACUGAAAAAAUCUUACAUAGCAUUAAUAAUGCUUUUGAGCUCCUUUGGAAGAAACAAAUACCAGCAUACUAUAAGAUUAUUGAUAACAUUCACAAGAGUUCAAUAUAUCCUCAAAAAAUCUGUCACCUAUUAAUUAAAGGAGCAGCCAUCUGCGAAGACAGGAAUUCUACAUGGAGAGCUGUCAUGAAUGAUAAAUUCACUGUCGUGAAUAAUUUUGGCAACAAACCCAAUGUGUGUUUUUUUGGUUUGUUUGAUGGACAUCACGGUGCCUCGGCAGCAGACUUGACUUCAAUGGAACUCCCAGUUUUACUUCUCCAUCAACUUUCCGGACUUGAUCCUUCCUACGAAAUGACCCCUGAAGAGCAAAAAGUAAUCAAUUCUUUUCACACAGUGUUUAGAGAAGACUACAGAGCUAUAGAAGACUCCUUCUCCUCCAUAAAGAAGAAGACAAAAGCAUUGAAAUGUGAGUAUGAGAACAUACACAAAGCCUUUGCAAAAGCAUUUUGGAGAAUGGACAGGCUUUUACGUCUUGGAAGGAAAGAAGUGUCCAGGGCUCGAUGGAGCGGCUGUUCUGCAGUUACUUGCAUAUUGGAAGGCAACAUUAAAAGUCCCAAAGCUAAGAUGUCUUGGAGAAGAUUCAGUGACCUUGAUGCUUUGGUCCCUUUCCAGGGGAUGCCGAAAAUAAUUUCUGGAGUGCUACAUAUUGCAAACACUGGUAAUGUGCAAGCAGUCUUAUGCAGAAAUGGGAAAGGCUUCUGCCUAACCAAAGAACACACUACACGAAACACAGAUGAAAGAAGAAGAGUACUUCAGAAUGGAGCAAUAAUUAGUUCACAUGAACCAUACGGGCUCCUACAAGGGCAAAUAAAAACCACACGAGGACUUGGAUUUCACGGAAAUCUCAAACUGAAAAAAUUCAUUAUUCCAGCACCUCAAACUAUUUCUGUGCCUAUAGAUGACUUAUGUCAAUUCCUUAUCUUAGCUACUAAUGGACUCUGGGAAGUUCUGGAUACAAAGGAAGUCACUGCACUGACAAUGACAGCUUUUCAAGUAUAUAAAGAAGCAAAGUGUUCUAUCACAGGAAACAAAUUGUCACCAUCCAAAGGGUCUCUGCUUUUCCCAAUCGAUGAACAAAACACAUCUAAACCAGAAACUAACAUCCACAUAGUGUUUCAGUGCAAAUCUGAAGAAUGUGUGUCAACUAUAAAUUCAAAAGAAAAUUUGUCAGAUUCAAAAUAUUCUAUUCGUAACCUUAAAAAUACAGGAACAUUUCCACCAAAAAUGACUAAGCGUGAUCCUUGCAGUGAGAAAGAAACUGAUGGACCAACCAGUGUAGAUGGUGUGCCAAAAGACUCAAGUGAAAAAGAGAAAGGAUCAUGCACUAAGAGUUUCUAUGGAGGUGCUGCCGAGUAUAUCAGCCAUGAACUUGUAAGUGCUGCUUUGGCGGCUGGCUCCAGAGACAACAUUACAGUCAUGGUCACACUUUUCAAUGGAAGCGAGUAUCUCCAGAGAGCAAAAACAUGA